AUGACCACAAAUGUCAAAUUUCUGCAGUUUGCAUGACGUUUGUUGUAGCUAUGAAAUUCUCGUGUGGCUAAUGUUCGGCGAAUAUAUUCCGAUUUGAUGUAUAGUCUAUCCGCGUUUGGCAAGGAAGCUCGCACCGCACGAUCCAUUGACGGCUCAGUGUUGGCAAUUUAUCAUCUUUCUCUUCUUUGAACUUUUCCACUUUCUCUAGCUAAAUUAGGUUGUUAAUUAAUAUAUGUAGCAAACAUCUCUUUCUUUUCGCUUAAUAAUGCAGGUAUGCAUUUAACUGGCUAUAUCGUUUUGUAGUAUGCAUGAAAAUGCAUCUUACUCGACCAUGUUUUGGUUUGAUUGUCAGCUAGCUAACAUGAUACGUGUUAUUUAACUAGCCUAGCAGAAGCAGGGAUUUGACUGCGUGCCCUGUCCUGUCAGCUUGCUGUCUUUCUAGUGCGCUUGGCAUUCCAUAGUACACAUUGGGAAUAAAUAGCACCAACAUGUAUGCAAGUCGCAAGAGGAAAAAGCCCCAGAGAAGUGUGAAGCCACCUCCAGAAGGAGCCAAAUCAAACCCUUCCAAGAGGCACCGGGAACGCCUGAAUGGGGAGUUGGACAGGCUGGCCAGUCUGCUUCCUUCCCAGGAUGUCAUCUCCAAGCUGGACAAACUGACCAUCCUCAGGCUUUGUGUCAGCUACCUGCGUGCCAAGAGCUUUUUCAAUGUGACCCUACAAUCCACAGCCUCCCAGCGCCCAGAGAGUAAUGUUCUGAAGAAGAAAGAACUUCACGUUCCAGAGGGAGAGCUGUUACUACAGGUGUUGAAUGGCUUUGUUCUGGUCGUCACGGCUGGUGGCACAAUCUUCUAUGCAUCCUCCAACAUCCAGGACUACCUGGGCUUUCACAAAUCAGACGUCGUCCAUCAGAGUGUUUAUGACGUCAUUCAUAUGGAGGACCGAGCAGAGUUACAGAGACAGCUCCACUGGGCCCUGAACACCCCUGACACCGGACAGCUGGUCUCAGAUUCAGCCUCGCCACAGGCUGUCACAGUCUACAAGCCAGAGGCACUCCCACCAGAGAAUUCCACCUUCCUGGAACGCAACUUUGUCUGCAGGUUAAGAUGUCUCCUGGACAACUCCACUAGCUUCCUAGCCCUGAACAUCCAGGGGCGUCUAAAGUUCCUCCAUGGCCAGAGCGAGAGGACAAAGGAGGGCAAGGCCAUCCCGCCUCAGCUGGCUCUGUUCGCCCUGGCCUCUCCCUUGCAGCCCCCCACCAUCCUGGAGAUCCGCACCAAGAACUUCAUCUUCAAGACCAAGCACAAGCUGGACUUCACCCCCAUUGCCUGCGACGCCAAAGGGAAGAUGGUGCUGGGUUACACUGAGGCUGAGCUGUGCAACCAUGGCUCAGGAUACCAGUUCAUCCAUGCUGCUGACAUGCUGCACUGUGCUGAGAACCACAUGAGGAUGAUAAAGACCGGAGAGAGUGGGAUGACAGUAUUCAGGCUGCUGACCAAGCUGACAGGCUGGGUGUGGGUGCAGGCUAACGCCAGACUGGUCUACAAGAACGGACGGCCUGAGUGUAUCAUCGCAUCCCAAAGAGUCCUCACUGAUGAAGAGGGAGAGGACAACCUAAGGAAGCGGAGCCUCCAGCUGCCUUUCAGUUACACCACUGGGGAGGCUCUUCUCUACAACACCAGCUUCCCCAAGACUCUGGUAACAGGGGACUCCUUAGCAGGCGACACCACCGGCCCUGCAGGAAAUAUCACCAACAACAACCUGGGUGGAACCCUGGACCCUGACUCACUGCUGGGCUCUCUGCUGAAACAGGACAAGUCCAUCUACUGCUGCUCCCCUCGCACUCAGAACGAUCUCCAACUCCCUCUCCAACUCCAGGAGGAGGUGGCAGGGGUUCCACAGGAGGAGGUGGCAGGGCUUCCACAGGGGGAUUGUGGGGGCAUCUUCUCCAGCAGCUGGCAGGAGGGCAGCAUCCGCUCUCUGUCGGAGAGUGUCCUCUUCAAGCAGGAGCCGUUGGGGGUCGGGGGUGGCGGGGGGAUCGACGGCUUCUCAUCGGAGGACAGAGACAGGGAUUUGUGGAGCUUCAUGAUGAACCUGGGCAUCAGUAGGGAGGACCUGGAGCUGUUCCAGCAGGAUGAGAUGUUCCUCGAUGUGGAUCUGGACACUGGCCGAGACUGCCUCCUUCCUGACCUGACAGACAAGAUUCUCUCCUACGUACAGGAGUCUCUGAGGAAGAGGUCAGACUGGGGUCAGACUGUAUUCUCUUGCAGGGGGGCUAAGUUAGGGGAACAGGACUAUAGCUGCCCUACCACGCUGUUACACCAACCAUCUAUGGAACAAUCACAAACCCCACAUCUACAUUCUACUACAGUUCUGUUACACCAACCAUCAACCUCACAACCACAUUCUUCUACAGUGCCUCAGUGUCAGUCACAGAUACAGCCACCACAGCUGCCUGUAGUCCAUCCCCUAUCAGUUCACCACUAUCGGCCUCCUCCCCACUACCCACAGCAGCCAAUACCGCAGCAGUGUUUACACACACAGCCCCACCCACAGGCAACACAGCAGCAGCAACAGAGCCAUCAAAAUGGACAGGUAUUGCCAAACCAACAGCAGCAGCAGCUGUGUAACAGACUGAAGCACAUGCAGGUGACUGGGACGGGUUCAAUAACACAAAGACAGAAAGACAUCACCAAGCAGCAGCAGCAGAUUCCUCCAUUGUUCAAUGUGGAGCAGCCAGGGGGGCUCCAGACUCACCAGGGCCACCCCCAGCAUGGGCACCUCUGCCUGGGGGAAGCUUCCCUGGAACUCCCCUACAGGAACCAGCUGAACACUUUGUCUGUUAGCCACUCUUCAGUGCUCUCCUCCUAUGUACCCACCACGGGCCUCCAGAGCCAGGGGGUGGACGGAGAGCUCAUGCCCCAGAAUUUGGAGGAGUUCCUGGGCAGCCUGGAGUCCAGUGGUCUCCGAGGGACAGAGGAUGGUAGGGGAGCCCUCCAGUGGAGUGUGGUGGAGGCCCUGGGUGUGUUCCAGCAGCAGAGGCACCUCCCUGACGACCUGGCUCAGUCUCAGGCCACCAGCCAGGGCUGCGCUCAGCAUGCCUUACCCCUGGCUAUGGGGCUCAGCCAGGUCAAUAGAGCAGAGUGGCCAUUCACCACACAGUUCCAGAACGGGAGCCUGAAGGAGGCUGGUCCAGCCCCUGGCCCUGUACCCAACCCUGGGUCCUCCAGGGGGGCAGACCAUGGACAUGCAGCAGCGGGGCAGCCAAUUCACCAGCCUCCUCCUCCCUCUGCUGAGAGCAGGCCCUACCCUGACCUCCCUCUGAGUGGAUUUAUGUGAGACUGAAGGCCCUCCUCCCUGGAGGCUCCAGAACCAGACAUUCCAAGGCCAGACAGCUGCCCCCGGUCCCUCGGAGGGAGCAGAGCCCUGACUGACGACAGCGCCACACAACAGAGGCUAGAGGGAUAAGGAUCCUCCUGUCUGGCAUCCAGCUGCACAUGGCUCCCCUGCGACCACUAAAACUGUUUCCCAAAUGGGCCCUUGUCAAAAGUAGUGCACUAUAUAGGGGAUAGGGUACAAUUUGGGCUGCUAUCUAAAACAGGAACCAGGGCAUGUCUGGGAAUAUGGAGGACUUGGACUGGAGAGGUCCUGUGUGGAUCAUUUUGUUAGAGCUUGGCACUUGCAACGCCAGGGUUGUGGGUUCGAUUUCCAUGGGGGACCAGUAUGAAAAUGUAUGCACUCACAACUAUAAGUCGCUCUGUAUCAGAGCAUUUGCUAAAAUACUCAAAUGUAAAAGUGAGAUUCACAUCCAGAAAGACUGUCAGACAGCAGGCAGAGGGACAGUCCGAGACAGAGAGAUUGUGACAGACAGUCGGAGGGAGACUAGAGGAAAUGGAUAAUCAAUCAAAUGUAUUUAUAUAGCCCUUCUUACAUUAGCUGAUGUCACAAAGUGCUGUACAGAAACCCAGCCUAAAACCACAAACAGCAAGCAAUGCAGGUGUAGAAGAACGGUGGCUAGGAAAAACUCCCAAGAAAGGCCAGAACCUAGGAAGAAACCUAGAGAGGAACCAGGCUAUGAGGGGUGGCCAGUCCUCUUCUGGCUGUGCCGGGUGGAGAUUAUAACAGAACAUGGGCAAGCUGUUCAAAUGUUCAUAGAUGACCAGCAGGGUCAGAUAAUAAUGAUCACAGUGGUUGUAGAGGGUGAAACAGGUCAGCACCUCAGGAGUAAAUGUCAGUUGGCUUUUCAUAGCCGAUCAUUCAGAGUAUCUCUACCGCUCCUGCUGACUCUAGAGAGUUGAAAACAGAAGGUCUGGGACAGCUAGUACGUCCGGUGAACAGGUCAGGGUUCCAUAUAUCCGCAGGCAGAACAGUUGAAACUGGAGCAGCAGCAUGACCAGGUGGACUGGGGACAGCAAGGAGUCAUCAUGCCAGGUAGUGCAUAGAAAUGUAAUGGACUAAUGACCUGUUUGAAUGUGGACUUGCUUUAAAAAGAAAACUCUUGUCAGCCAUUUUGUUUGUCCAGAAAAACAUCCUGUUGGUGCAGUCAUGGUUUACUGGUCAGUGUGUCAGCAUGCCAGGUCAUGAACCUGAUGUAAUACUGAACAAGCAGUUCUUCCAUUGGUCAAUGAGUAAGAUGAGAUGAUGCAGAACUCAAAUGUCACCAAUCCGCUGAGCCCAUAUUCAUAAAGUAUCUCUGAGUAGGUCUGCUGAACUAGGAUCAGUGUUUUCUUUUAGAUCAUAAUGAAUAUGAUUAUAUGGAGAAGGGGGGUGGAUCUGAUCCUAGAUCAGCACUCCUACUCUGAGACACUUUAUGAAUACGGAGCCUUGCUUUUAAAUAUAUAUAAGCCAUUGAUUGCUUAGAAAUAAUCACUUGCAUUUAAAGGUGCAGUUGAAUGAAACAAACCGUAAGCUAUCUGAGCUAUCCAUGAGAUGGAGUAUCUGUUUACACUGUGCUUGAUAUUUUUGUACAGAAUGCAUUGACAAUCCUACUAAAUCAUGAAGUAAUAUUUUGAGCAAUUUGAUCGCUUUAUGGAUCCUGUCUAUCUGUUCUUCAGCCCACUCACUUGCAUUGCAAGACAGGCAAAGUAAUAAUGAUUUAUAGAUUAGUUAAUAGUCCAAGACCCAAUGACAUUUUCUACAUCUCAAAUAGCACUCUAUGCCCUAUGUCGUGCACUACUUUUGACCAGGACCCAUAGGGCUCUUGUCAAAGUAGUGAGCUAUGUUGUGAGUAGGGUGCCAUCUAUAGGGAAUAGGGUGCCAUCUGGGUCUUUGCCAUUGAGUUCAAGUGGCAGAUCAAUGUGUUUGAUCUACAUAUCUAACUUGAAGAAAAUGUAUGCACUUAUUUAUGGCAAAAUAACCUAUUGCACUCUUAGUGAAAGUAGAAGACUGUUGUAUGUAGCACUAUAAAUAAUGUACCUUGUUUAACUGAGCCAAUCAUGUUCAUGUUGCUAUGCAGAAUAGUGCAGUGGAACAUUAGACCCCUUGUUGUUUGGAGGUCUGUCACUUCAUUGACAUAAUUCUGUGAAAGUCGGGGUUUAUUUAAUUUAUUUUGUCAAAAGACAAAUCAAACUUUGAAUAUGUUCAAAUUCAAUCAAUGAAAAUGUUCAGUUUUGCAUUUGUUUGUAUUUUGUAUGAAAUUGUGUAUAAUUUAUGUAAUGAGCAAAUCAUGACACUGCAGGAAGAGAGUUUACCGUUAUUCUGUUCUUUCACACGCUGAUAAAUGUUGAUCAAGUACUGUUGAAGGGUUUUAUUUAUACUGCUGUAACAGGGUAGGUUUUCUGUCAUAAAUAAGUUGGUUAAACGAUGUCACAGGUAGGCUUGUAAAGCUACCGGUAAUUUACCAAAGUUACUGGAAUCUUCUAUAAUUUUGGUAAUUAGCAUAGACUGCAAUAAAUUCCGUUAAGUUCA